GUUGCCGAUCGGUUAGGUUAGGUUAGGUUAGGUUAGAUUAGGGUUAGGACAAAAUGUAAAUGUCUUUUUGCUGUGCAUCUAUAAUAUUAGUAAAUCUAAAAGCCACAAAUUUAAAAAAAGUUUUGUGUUUGUGACUUACUAAAUAUGCUUCCUAAAAGGCAUCGGACAAAUUUAAGGAGAAGAAUCCAAAAUGCAACAAAUCAAUCAUCAAUCUAAUCAUACUGCCCAGGAACGUGAAAAAAUUCGGGUAAGACAGACUCGUGAAGUGCAACAUUUGACUAAUAAUGGUUCAAGUUUGAAUCGAGCUGCUUUCUGUUACGAUAUGUUAAUUGAUUAAAGUACCUAUAACUGUGUUGCUAUUGGACCUAUGAACUCAAUUUGCCAAUAUUGUAAGGCUUUCAAAUACAAAAAUGAAACCAAUGGAUUGUGUUGCGCAAAUGGAAAGGUGAAAUUGAUACCAUUGCUUUUACCUCCAGAGCCAUUGUACUCAUUGGUUUUAGGAAUAGGAACAGAUUCCAUACACUUUAUAAAAAAUAUUCAACAAUACAAUGACUGUUUUCAAAUGACUUCAUUUGGAGCAACAAAAGUUAUUCGGGAAAAUGGCAUGCCAACUUAAGAUACAAGGUCAAAUAUAUCACAGAACAGGUUCUUUGUUACCAGUGCCAGAUAGCAACAGAUCAGAUAAAACUCCUGUGGGCCAACAUGCACGACGUUUUAAUGCACAUACUAUCGAUGAAGUAGCCAUUGUUGUAGUUGGAAAAAUUUGGAGUCAUAUGAUAUUGUUUUACAUCAUCGAAAUAAUCAAUUACAACGUAUUAAGGAAACAUAUCGCUCAUAUGAUGUACUGCAAUAUCCUAUUAUAUUUUGACAAGGUGAAGAUGGCUAUGGUUUCUCAAUCAAGAUGAUAAAUCCCAUUACAGGUAAUUGAAAUAUUGGUUUAUGAGACGUUACGUCAUCUAUUAUAUCAUCUACAAAAUAGUUUGAUUUGUUAUUCAACUGUCAUCAUCACUUAGGUUAAGUAACAUAUAUUUUAUAAAUUAUUUUGUAUAAUAUUAAAAAUUGUCUAUAUUAUUAUAAAUUAUCAAUCAUUACCGUUAAUCAUGUUAUUUUCAGUCUAAUAAAACUUCUUGUCGGAUCGUCAAAGUUCCUUCAAGUUUGAAAAUAUCAGCAAAAUUAUUAUUGUACAGUUUAAUCCUAAUACUUAAAAUGCUUAACCUAUGUAAAAUUUUAC